GUGGGCGUGGUGUGGGAGGGAGCCGGAUGAGGUGAGGGGCGGAGCUAGAAGCCAGUUCUUCCUCUCUACAGCUGAUCAGUUGUCAUCUCCCCGCAGAACUCCGGAUCCCCCCCUAUAUACUGUAGGUGUCUGCUCUCUGUAAUAAUGGAGCACGCAGAGCUGGCCAAAUCGGCCGCUGAUAAAUUGCUUUCCUACACCACGGACGAGAGCGGCUGGAAAGUCUGCAAAAGAACUAGAGAAGUUGCUGUUUACUGGAGACCAUCAGCAGAGUUUACAGGAAAUGUGUACAAAGGGGAGGGAAUAGUAUCAGCAAAACUAGAAGAUGUUUGGGAAUGUUUAAAGCCGGAGCCUGGUGGCCUAAGAGUGAAAUGGGAUAAUAAUGUAGAUCAAUUUAACCUUAUUGAUGCUAUCGCUGAUGAUAUCACAGUUUGCCAAACAGUAACCCCAUCCGCUGCCAUGGGUAUUAUUGCCCCAAGAGACUUUGUAGAUGUGGUACUAAUCAAGCGGUAUGAGGAUGGCUCCAUAUCUUCUAAUGCAACAAACGUGGAUCACUCUGGUUGCCCACCUCAGAAAGGCUUUGUCAGGGGGUUUAACCAUCCAUGUGGCUGCUUUUGUAUACCUGUCCCAGGAGAGCCUGAGAAAACCCAAGUAUUAAGCUUCUUUCAGACAGAUCUUAGUGGAUAUCUUCCUAAAUCCGUUGUGGAAUCCUUUUUUCCAUAUAGCAUGGUUAAUUUUUACAGCAAUCUUACAAAAGCUGUGAAGGCACUGAACGUAUGACAUACUGUACUUCAAUUUCCCCCCAAAGCAUCUUCCAUUGUAUGGCAUUCCAUUAGAAAGGUCAUUUAAGAAUGUAAGAAAUCACUGUCCACAAUGGAGUUGCUUAUCCAGUAAUGUCCCUUACGCUGUUCCUGUGCUACAACACUCAGAGUCCCUCAAGAGUUUCUGGCACUUGUGGUUCAAGAGCAGCUGCCCAUCCGGUUUUAAGCAUUAGGCCUCAAAGUAAGUUGUCCAGGUGCAGGUGGGAUGAUUGGUGACAUGGGAUAAACUCAUUUGAGUUAGUUACAAUCAUAUUUUGUUAGAGCAUGGGAAUAAUUAAUUCAUUGCCCUGAAGUUGUUGUAACUACAACACAGUGGGGUUUAUGUAUUACUGCCCCUGCUGCAAGGGCAGUAGCACUGAAGGGCACAAAAGCACCCCAUUUGCUCCACUCUGUCUAAUGCCAGAUCAAAAAUUCAGUGCAAGGUACAAAGUGCAGCAGAUGUGGUCCCAGGGCAGCCCAGUCCUUUCACGAGAGGUAAGUGCAGGGUCCCGUUGCCGACUGCACCUGUUCCCUUACUGUACAUCUAAAGGAAUGCAGACACCCUUGUAUUCAUGGGGGCGGCCACAAAACAUUUGGGCUCCAUUUUGCAUGGCAGAUACCUCCAACAAUUCAUUUAGCAUGCAGGGCAGGAUGCACUUUUCACCCUACCGCGCAUGUUGUAAAUUAUACCUACAAUCAUUGUAGGGUGCUGAGGGGUGUAAUUUACAGCCAUUCCAGAGUCCUGAGUUUGACAUCUCUGUCUUAUGGGGGAAAUGUAAUCUGUUUUGUUAAAAAAUCUUUGCAAAGACCAUUGUGAAAGUUACCAACCAGGAUUUUCAUUGGUUGCAUUCUUUUUGAUCGAUUUCAGGCUUCAACGACUUCCUCACAAAGUUUGAGAACAAUUUUGCAGACAUGUGUAGUGUAUGUAAUAAAAUGUCGCAGUCGCAAAGUGUUUUUUGCACCAGACAAUUUACCAAAACUCCAGGGCAGGUGUUAAUGCUUACCUUUGCUUAGUGAUAAUGAACGAUGUCAUAUUUGCCAGCGAAUGAUUUUUCAUCGUAAGCAGCACUAAAAUGCGAUUUUAAACAUUGCUUGCAAUUUUAAUUACAUUCCCCCCUUUAGAUUUUACAGAAAAACUCCACUUCAGGGACAAGAUCUUAUAUAAUGUAAAAAGCAUCAAUAUAUUUAUGCCUGAAAAACCACACUGAUAUUUUUGUCAGGACCAGCAUCCAUGCAUGGAAACUUUUACAUACAUUUAGACUCUCACCCCUGAAGAGGCUUGGGAAAUGGCAGAGGAAUUAUAAUAUAAAGAAUAUAUACCAGUUUCCCAGCUCACAGAAAAGUCCAGGCACCUGUUACCCAUUAAAUAUAGACUAUUUAUUUAUUUCAUCCAAAGAGUUUUAGAUCAUUUUUGCAAAGACAUAUGUGUAUUUUAUAUAUUUAUGACUUGCCUAGUAGUAAAAUGUUUUUUUUCUCUGUGCUUUUAUUGGAGAAUACUUCCUCUCUCCUACUCACAAUUGUAUUUUUAUAUUGUGUGUUUGAAAUUGUCUGUAUGCCACUAAAUACUUGCAUACUGAUGUUAGUAUGCACCCAAAG